GUUUCCUUCCUUCUUCGACCGCCUCGCCUAUCGACCGACUCCGAAGGUUAAAGCGAGAAGAAGAGAAGAGCGAACAAGAGAAGAAGAGUUGCCAGAAGAGCCGUGCGAACCCUUGUUUUUGAUAUGAUGCAACCCUUGGUGGUGCCGAAUCCCUCUCCUUGUACCGAAGCCGCCUCCUCUUCUGCUGUCGCGGCCUUCUUACCCUUCCGUCCGCUCUGUUCUAAGGAAUCGGCCUUUCGGGGAACCAGAAUUCCGAUCGAGACGCGUGGGUUUCGGUCGCAGAGGGCUUCCUCUUUUCGUUGGAUUACCAGAUCUAGGAAGCCACCUGUGGUUAAAUCAAUUGCUACUCAAGACCCAUUGGUUGAUUUGCCCCUAACUGCUGAAAAUGUCGAGUCAGUAUUGGAUGAAGUGCGACCAUAUCUUAUCGCUGAUGGAGGAAAUGUAGCACUUCAUGAGAUAGAUGGAAAUAUUGUAAGACUAAAACUGCAAGGAGCGUGUGGGUCUUGUCCAAGUUCUGUAAUGACGAUGAAGAUGGGCAUCGAGCGUCGGUUAAUGGAAAAAAUUCCAGAAAUAGUUGCAGUGGAACCAAUCACCGACCAAGAGACAGGGCUUCAGCUGAAUGAAGAAAACAUAGAGAAGGUACUCGACGAGAUAAGGCCAUACCUUGCUGGAACCGGUGGCGGUGAGCUUGAGCUAGUCAAAAUUGAGGAGCCUAUCGUGAAGGUUCGACUAACAGGCCAAGCAGCCGGCAUCAUGACAGUUCGAGUGGCAGUAACACAGAAGCUGCGAGAAAAGAUACCUGCCAUUGCGGCUGUUCAGCUUUUAUCAUAGGUUUAUCGAAAGACACUAUUUCUGUUCAUUCGAUGAUAUAAUAAAACAUUGUAUAUGAAUAAUUUUACUUUUUUUACAAAAGUUCAAAGUCAUCAUCAUUUUCGGAA